CAGAUGCGGAAAUCACAAAUUACAUUGGGGCAUUUUUAAGUAAAUUCUUAACUAGUGAAUAGCGAAGUAGCUUCAGUUACAAACCUCAGCUAUGGCCAAAUGUGACCCUUUUGAUUAUAUUUGAUAUUUCAUCGUAAAAUCUGCAUUUAGAACAGAAAGAACAUUUGCCAUUGCGUCAAAAGCAGGGUUUAGGUUACAGUUGCAGCAGCCUGACCGCCCGUUUGUUCCCACAGGUGACCUCUAACCCCAUCAACAUGACAUCGAGGGUGUGCAAGGCCUGCGGAAGCUCAGACAUCGACUUGGACCAAGCAAGGGGCAAUGCUGUGUGCACCAGCUGUGGUUCGGUUCUGGAGGACAAUAUCAUCGUGUCUGAGGUCCAGUUCGUUGAAGGCAGUGGUGGAGUUUCUUCUGCGGUCGGCCAGUUUGUCUCCUCAGAUGGACCAAUAAAGGCUCCACUCCUUGGCACUGGUUUCCACACCAGUAUAGGGAAGGAGUCAAGAGCCCAGACACUGCAGAAUGGGAAGCGUCUGAUCCAGCAGCUAGGCAGUCAGCUGCAAAUGAACCAGCACUGUUUGGACACGGCUUUCAACUUCUUCAAGAUGGUGGUGAGCAAACAUCUGACCCGUGGCCGGAAGAUGGCACACGUCAUAGCAGCAUGUCUCUAUAUGGUCUGCCGCACGGAGGGCACGCCACACAUGCUGUUGGACUUGAGUGACCUCCUACAGGUUAAUGUCUACAUCCUGGGAAAGACUUUCCUCCUGCUUGCCCGAGAGCUCUGCAUCAACGCCCCAGCUAUCGACCCCUGCCUGUAUAUCCCCCGCUUCGCCCACAUGUUAGAGUUUGGGGAGAAAACUCAUGAGGUGUCCAUGACAGCGCUGCGCCUUCUCCAGAGGAUGAAGAGGGACUGGAUGCACACCGGCCGGCGGCCCUCCGGGCUCUGUGGCGCCGCUCUCCUGGUGGCAGCUCGGAUGCAUGAGUUUCGGCGGACAGUAAAGGAUGUGAUUGGUGUCGUGAAGGUUUGCCAGGCCACUCUGAGGAAGAGGUUAACAGAGUUUGAGGACACACCCACCAGUCAGCUGACCAUUGAUGAGUUCAUGCGUGUGGAUCUGGAGCAGGAGUGUGACCCACCCUCUUUCACUGCUGGCCAACACAAGGUCAAGCUGCAGCAGCUGGAGCAGGAACUGGCCAGGAAACUGGACGAGGUUGAAGGAGAGAUCAGCUGCUACAGAGAUGAGAUAGAGACUGAGUUGGAGCACAGCAGACCGAAGCUGAGAGGGAUCUACGCUGCCUUUACUGGUGAAAUUGACUCUCAGCAUGACAAAUCACUUUCCUCAUCCUCCAACCCCUCGGAGUUGGAUGGAGAGGAGGCAGAGCUACAGGCGGCUGCCCAGCACCUAGUGCAGGACUUCCUGUAUCAGGUCAUACAGGAGGAAGAGGAGGUCACGUUGUCGAAAACCAUCACAGAGCCCAGAGAGGAAGGCCCAGAGGUUCAGUGCCAUCCUCCAAGGCUAACCUCCAUCCUAGGGAAGAUGCCUGGUGCAGCGAGCCUGGGCCUCAGCCACACCCUCCAGCAAUGCAUCACAGACGACAAGGAGAGUGAUGCAUCAUCAGAUGGUGGAGAGUUGGACCUGGAUGGUAUUGAUGAUAAGGAGAUUGAUAAGUACAUCCUGAAUGACAAAGAGGUUCAGACUAAGACGACUCUUUGGAUGAAGCAGAAUGAAGAGUACCUGAGGGAGCAGAAAGAAAAAGAAGAGAGGAUCAUCAAAGAGAAACAGCAAGGAACCUAUAAGGAGAAGCCAAAGAAAGCCUCCCGCAGGCGGGAGCCCAUCCAGGCCACGACGGCAGGCGAGGCCAUAGAGAAGAUGCUGGAGCAGAAGAGGAUCUCCAGUAAGAUCAACUAUGACGUCCUCAGAGAGCUGAACAGCAGGGGGGGGGGCGAGGGCAGCAGCCCAUCCAGACCCCCGUCUGAGGCGCCCUCUGGUGGGUCAAGACGCAAGAGACCCAACCAACGCAAGAAGGCCAGAAAGAGUAACAUGGACCUGGCAGCGACAGCCAACAGCAUGGGCAAGAGCCACAACAUGAUGCAACAGAGCCUGUUUAUGCUGUCCCACCCACCCAGUCCCAGAUCCUCCCCUCUGGACCAGUCCCACCCACCCAGUCCCAGAUGCCCCUCCCUGGACCGGCCACUGCCGACACCUGUCCUGAGGAGGAGGAAUUAGAAGAAGAAGAGGAGGAGGAGGUGGAGGAGGAGCCGUGCAUCAGUGCUCUACAGCUGAUAGGAGGAACAGAUUAUGGCUUUGAGGCUGAAGAGGAGGAGGCCUUUUAGCACAUCCUCUCUGAGAGUGUCCUCCUUCUGGAGUCUGCUGAUGUUCCUUUACCUUUGACCUUUGGGAAGAAGGUAAAACAUGGCAGCACAUGGAGAACAGAUGGAGAGACUAGAGUGUAGGGUGGAAGACGACGAAGAGGACAGAGGGUCUGUGCUGAUCUGGAUCACGUACAAACAUAAUCAAGAAUAAUACAUAUGUGACAUGUCGGGUUCAGAGGAAAUAAUUUGCUUUUCAGCAGGACACUGAUUAUUCUGACAAACCACCAGCCGCUACAUCACCAGCCAGCAGAGCAGGAUCAUAAACCUGAAUAAAGAGCUGAGCGGCCUCUGUGGUCCUGCCAGCUGAUCCUCUGGUGAUACACAGGACUCCUCCACCAAGUUAUUCUGAAAAACCACCAGCCGCUACAUCACCAGCCAGCAGAGCAGGAUCAUAAACCUGAAUAAAGAGCUGAGCGGCCUCUGUGGUCCUGCCAGCUGAUCCUCUGGUGAUACACAGGACUCCUCCACCAAGUUAUUCUGACAAACCACCAGCCGCUACAUCACCAGCCAGCAGAGCAGGAUCAUAAACCUGAAUAAAGAGCUGAGCGGCCUCUGUGGUCCUGCCAGCUGAUCCUCUGGCGAUACACAGGACUCCUCCACCAAGUUAGCAGCAGCUAGAAGGUUAAAACAGCACAGGACUGAAAGAUGACAUCUCCUGUACCAGGCCCCAUUCCCAGUCUGUCUCAGCAUCUGUGAUUCUCUUUCACAUUCAUGUUGAAGCCGUCCAGAACCUUCCCUCCUCUUCCUCUGGAUACGUUUCAUGUUUGAAACUGUAAAUAAGAAACAAGGCAGCUCCUCGACUUUAACAAGGCACUCAUUUGUACAUUUGAUUUAAAAGAAAAGUCAGUUGUGCUGGAUUUUAGCUACAUGUUUGUCUGUAGUCUCAACCUUAUUUUAAAGAUGCACUAUGUGAAUAUGAAGCCUGUUAUAUACAGUUAUUUAUAUACAGCUAUGUACAGGUCCAUACUGGCCAGCGCUGUAUGUUGAUAUACAGUUAUUUAUAUACAGCUAUGUACAGGUCCAUGCUGGCCAGCGCUGUAUGUUGAUAUACAGUUAUUUAUAUACAGCUAUGUACAGGUCCACGCUGGCCAGCGCUGUCUGUUGAUAUACAGUUAUUGAUAUACAGCUAUGUACAGGUCCACGCUGGCCAGCGCUGUCUGUUGAUAUACAGUUAUUGAUAUACAGCUAUGUACAAGUCCACGCUGGCCAGCGCUGUCUGUUGAUAUACAGUUAUUGAUAUACAGCUAUGUACAGGUCCACGCUGGCCAGCGCUGUCUGUUGAUAUACAGUUAUUGAUAUACAGCUAUGUACAGGUCCACGCUGGCCAGCGCUGUCUGUUGAUAUACAGUUAUUGAUAUACAGCUAUGUACAGGUCCACGCUGGCCAGCGCUGUCUGUUGAUAUACAGUUAUUGAUAUACAGCUAUGUACAGGUCCAUGCUGGCCAGCGCUGUCUGUUGAUAUACAGUUAUUGAUAUACAGCUAUGUACAGGUCCAUGCUGGCCGGCGCUGUCUGUUGUUCUUGUGUUCGUUCUUUUUCUUCUUCAUGAUUUUUCUCUGCUAAAAGUGUUUUGGAAGCAAAAACCGUAAGACCGAAAAACACUAAAAUUGGCAGGUGGGUUGCAAAUUCCACCCACGACUCAGGCACAUAAAAUGACACCCAUUGACCUCAAAGUGGCGCUGUAAUAAUCAAAUUUACAUUUUUGCAAUUAUCUCAUAAAAUUUGGUAAUGAUUGAUUAAA